CGGCAUCAGGCGUAACGUGGAGAAAGCGAGCAACACCAUGAAAGAGUACAUGUCGAUAGAGAAUGAGAAACUUACUUUCUUCGCUCCCAAUAACGACGCCUUUCUCGAUAUGUACCGCCAGCGAUACGACGACUACGAAGCGCUAACACAAGGCGAACCUGAUGUACUAGAGAAUGUGCUGGAGACACACCUGCUAAGAGGACAGGUGGUCACGCUGGACGACCUCGUCGACAACAUGCAGCUCUCUACGAUCAACGGCAAAACGCUCGUCCUCAAACACGACGAGUUCGACAGCGACAGAUGGCACAUUUCCGACGGUACGGUGGAAGCCGAAAUCAUCAGAGGACAGAAAAUGACAAACGGGUUUAUAUACAUCAUAGAUAGAGUCCUCUACACGAGCGGUGACAUUAAACACGCGAAGGGAGGAGACAGCGCAGAGGUCAGCGGUAGUCUGGCUCCCUGCUGGCGAAUCAGUGGCCUACUAUUACAGAUCAUCACAACAGUACACGUACUGCGCGUCGCCAUUUUUAAUUGUUGAUUUUAGACUGCCACCAAUUAAUGAACAAACCCAGAGGCACUCGGGACGUUUCAAUAAUAAAUUGGUGGUGAAUAAAUACGAAAUGUAUGUACUACCAAAGGCUACUCUCUUUCGCCGGUUAUUCGUAAUAUAUUCCUGUAAAUGCCUUUCAAAUGCUUGUCUGCAACGCACAAGUUCACCACGCGCACGCCGCUGUGCGGAAACAAUAAAAAUUAAAAAUAUUUCUGGUAAUAAUCUAUAAAAUAUCGAGAUAUAUAUAUAUAUACUCUAUAUUUUUGUUGUUUGUGCACAGCGGCGCGCGCGGUGAACUUGCAUGUGUUUACGGUGAGAAGCUUGCACGCUGAGCAUGUUGAUAUAUCUUAUAUACCAAAGUACCAUCUUUAAAUAAAUAAAUAAAUAAAUAAAUGUUGCGGAAGAGCAUUUGGACGGCAUUUGCAGGAAAUUACUACUAAUAAUAUGCUAAAGAGAGUAGAGACUUUUGUAGUAAAUAUAAUACUUGUUUAUUAAUCAUUUUAUCAUUCAAACGUUCAAAGUGAAAAAAAACCUGUUUAGUGUCGUUUUAACUUGAAAAAACUGUCGUUGAAAUAAUCUCGCCGUGUCUCGGAUUCUUACGCAAUUUGAGUUUAGGAUUAACUAGGAAAUAUCUUAAUUAUCUACUUUAUCAUCGUCACAUUUAAUGUUUUUAUCAUUGCAGCCUCGACUUCCCCGUGUUGCUAUUGUCGUUGGUACAAAAUUUCUUUUCUAAAGUUGUCGUGGGGCUGGUGAAUUAAGUGUCACACUGUCGUGUACUAGUUUUUAGUUUGAAAUGUGUAAGUCGACGAUUGUGCUUCGUCUUUUGCACCGGUACAAUUUGCAAUAAAACGCAAUAAAUGCAUUUGCUACGGUUGCAUGACCAUCGUACUCAGAAACAAUUAUUUUACCGCAGUAGAAAUAAUUCAACCGCGGUUUUAAUUAUGGUCUUUCAACCAAUCAGAGACCUUCAUACACACGCGGGUGAAUUAUUUUUCUACUGUGGCAUAAAUAUUUAUUUCCGAGUACGAUGGCCAACCAACCACGGCUGCCCCAGGCUGGGUUCCUGGAUGUUUUAUCACACGCCGUGUGGGCGCUUGACCCCCCCCCCCCCCGAAUCUUCCACCAAGAGCAAUUUCGUUGUUUUUGCUCGAACAAAUGGUUCUAAAUCUUUUAAACUACGGAUAGAUUUUAUAUCGAUUACUCAUUUUUUGCGCUAUUGGCCGGACAAAUUCUGUUGACAGAGGCUUUGUCUUGUCGUACUAUUAUUACACUGCUUAUAGUGAUCACAUCGAUUGAUCGAAAUCUAGGACGACAUUCAUUUAUUACUCUAACCUUGAAGCCAUUAGCCCCCCCCAUGUCCUUAGCGGGACUUACGCUCAGUAGGUGACUAUAGAGCAAGGGUUAUGUGGGGCAGAUCGCAGGUGAAAAGUUCUUUAUACAAAAGGGAGGGUUUAAUAUCAUUUUUAUGGUAGGCCUACAUAGUAAGGCGGAACCAGUGAGAAUUUAUUUAAUUUUUUUAACGAAUAAGUAUCGUUUUUAUAACGUCAUUGAUAAUACCAUGAAAUUAACUUAUACUUGUAUGCAUAGAGUAGACAUAGGUAUCCGUGGCCAUUUUGUACAUAGAAAGAUUGAUUUGCUUACGAUUGAGAAAUAAAUAAAUAAAAACUGCGAUUAAGAACGGAAAA